AUGUGGAGAGGAAAUGAAAAAUAUAGUAAUAAUUUUAUAGGAAAACAUUUUUUCCUUUCAAAAUUUUUUCAAUACAAAAUAAUAGUAAUAUUUAUAAUAACAGUAUUACUUAAUAAUGUUUGUGAAGCUGUAUUUAUUAUGUAUAAUACAACAAUUCCUAAAAUGGACGGGUUACUAGCGAUGUCCUCUGAUAAAGUACCAACACAUUAUAGUAUAGUUGAAAGUGUUUCAAAAACUAAAUUUCAUAGACACAGAAGACAGGUUAUUGCUGGAGCAAUGUAUGACUGGAGAAGCAAUGAAAUUCCAUUCCAAAUAUGGGGUGGUGAUUUUAAUUUUCAAAAUUUAAUACGUCGUGGAAUAAAAAUGUGGGAAGCUGAAACUUGUCUGCGUUUUAAAGAAAAUAUGCAAGCACAAGAUGCUAUUCGUUAUGUCCUGGAGCGUGGUGAUUCAUGUUUUACUGAAUUUAUUGGUAGAAAUGGUGGUUUUCAAGAUAUUAUUAUUGGUAGUGAAUGCGCAGAGGAAUAUGUUGUUGCUCAUGAAACAGGACAUGCAUUAGGUUUUUGGCAUACACAUCAAAGACCUGAUCGAGAAAAAUAUAUUUCUAUUAAUUGGAGGAAUGUAUUAGAAGAAGCUACAGCAUCAUUUAUGCCUUUUAGAAGUAUGUUACAAGCUUUUGGUAUUAAACAAGUAUCUAGUAGAAGAGUUCCAUAUGAUUAUGGAAGUUUGAUGCAUUAUCAUGCAGUUGCUCAUGCUGUUAAAGUUUCUGAUUUUACUAUUGUACCUAAAGAAUUGAAAUAUGUUACUACUAUGGGUACUGAAAAAAUGGCUUUUUUGGAUGCUAAAGUUAUUAAUGAUAUUUAUUGUACUAAUAAAUGUAGUGGAUUUAGACCUUUAAAUUGUCAAGCUGGUGGUUAUCCUGAUCCAAAUAAUUGUAAUGUAUGUAGAUGUCCAGAAGGAUUAGGUGGUAUUGAAUGUAAUCAACUUCAACCUUCAUCAUGUGGAGCUGAGUUGCGUGCAUUAAAUCAAUGGCAAACAUUACGUUCUCCACAAGGUAAAAAUGUUCAUUGUUAUUGGAGAAUCAGUGUUCCAGAAGGUAUGCGGGUGAGAUUCCGUCUUUCAGAUGGAGAAUUCCCAUGUUCGUACGGGUGUCAAAGUUAUGUAGAAAUAAAGCACAAAUUAGAUGUACGGUUAACAGGCUUCAGAAGUUGUUGUUAUAGACCAAAAGAAGACACAGUAUCAGAAGGUAACCAAAUAUUUGUUAUUUAUCAUCCAAAUGGUAGAACAGCAAGAUUUACAUUAAAAUAUAUUGCUCAAGCCAAUUAA